GGGUUUCGCAGGCGUGCCAGGUGCACACGAUCUGAGUGCCCAUGCCAGCACGGUCCAGCAACGAUGGCUAGCAGCCGAUAGCCGCUCACGAGCAUCCUGCAGUCAUGGCAGCAGCAGCGCGAGGAUCGCCGAGCCCCGCACAGGGGUCAGCCAAAGUCAGCAAUGUAGCCACAUAUCGCUCGCCAGUCGCAAUAUUUCCGACACAGGAGGCCAAGCCGGCCUCACUGACCGCUAGCAGCAACAUAGACCAGAGCGAGCUCAAUAACAGCGACUGGAAAGUCGACAAGAUCAGGUACCGUAUCCACGCCUAUUCGACUCACUCGGCAUCAUACAUUCCUCAAAACAUCCUCAUCGAUUCGCCCUUAGAUCAGGCUUCAAGAUGGUCGGGCGCAUCUACGGGUGCCCAGGCUGCGCCCGCUCAGCAAUCGGGACCCUCUGCGUUCGCUGCCUCUACGACAGUCGAGACGCAGACGGGCGACGACGAACGCGCCUGGACGCGCUUGCCGGAUCGCUCGGGUGUUGGUCAGGACAGCGAUGCGGACGGCAACCCCGUCACAGCUACUGUCGACACCGGAUUGCAGCCCGGACUCGCUCCGCAGGCGGCAACCAGAGUGGCUCACGAUCUGCCAGCUGCGCUUCGCCCCGUUGAUCUUACACGCUCGCUUUCGGGAGAGUUUGCCAAAUCAUCGCGGCAGUUGCAAGACUAUCUGCAGGGACAGGAGCGUCUCGUCAGCUCAAGUGCUACCGGCAUGCAGUACAUCACUCUCAUCCUCGACCAGGUCGCCCUGGUCACCUCGGUCAUAUUUGGCAAAUACCACAAGCCCCACCCUUGCAAUCUGCGCGAGUUCAAGAUCUAUGGCGGUCUUGACGCUGACCCGGCGCAGAUGAAUCUGCUCUUUGUUGGCGGACUGCGUAACGAUUCGAUCAGCGAAGAGUUUGAGAUUCGCACGCUCAGCAGCGAGGCGGUACACUAUCCCUGUCGCUAUCUCCGCAUCGAGCCUAUCGCCGCGCAUUCGCAGAAUUACAACCUUUCCAUAUGGUAUGUCGCGCUCAAGGGCGUCACAGAUCAGCGCUUCGUCGAGCGCAUCUGCAACGUCUUCUCAGAUUGUCGAGAGACGAAAGCGCUCAGGCUGAUUCAAAAGCAUCUCCGCCAGCGCGCUCUCUUGCCAGCAUUCUCUGCCUUGCAAGAGCAGACCCGCUUGUCGUUUGAGCACGAUCUCGUCACCAAGUUGCACACCGUCCUGGUCCGCAAUGGCGAUUUUGACGACGCCGAAGAGCUCCUGUCGCAGAUGGCAAUCCAAUUCCAGCUUUUUGACGAUCAUAUACAGAAGACUGCACCCACCCCGCUUUGGACUCGCCUGGACGACGAUCCUGCUACACAUUCGCUAGACGGAGAUAUGCCGCCCGCGCGUGGUGGCCAUCAGCUCGUGCUGUGCAGUGAAACUUCUCAGAUCCUACUUUUUGGUGGCUGGAAUGGACACCAAGAUCUCGCUGAUCUCUGGUCCUUCUCCCUGGUCACAAAGCGCUGGAAACAACUCAGUGGAAACACUGCGCGAGAUGGAGGCCCUUCAGCUCGUGCCUGUCAUGCUGCGACGCUCGACGAACGAACCGGCAUGAUGUACAUUCUCGGUCGCUAUGAGGACAAUGCUUCCACGGAUGAGCCAGGCAGCGAUCUUUACUGCUAUUAUACUAUCGGACCACGCGCUGGAACCUGGGAGCUCCUCAGCGCCAACACUGCUGCUGAUGGCGGGCCCAAAUUAAUUUUCGAUCACCAGAUCGCGUUUGACACCGGUCGAGCAUGUCUAUACGUCUUUGGCGGCAAGAUCGUGCAAACCAAGGAAACGCAGGCAUACAGCGGACUCUACCGCUACGAGACAGUUGCGAGAAAGUGGACCCACAUCCUAGGUGACCCACACGAGAACGAAGAAUACUCCGCCGAGCGCAUGCUCGCUCGUAUGGGUCAUUCAAUGCUUUACCUGCCAAAGCGCGACAGCCUGCUCAUCUUUGGCGGUCAACGAUUUGAUGCAUACUACACAGAUAUGUGGGAGCACACCCUCGACACUCAUCAAACGAUACGGGUAUCAAGUAAUUACACGCUUGAAAAUGGUCCGCCUGGCGGUUUCACGCUCCGCGCUAUCUGGACCGGCUCAGAGGCUCACUUGCUGUCGGGGCUGAUGCGUGAAGGCAAAGCUGGACUUUCGCCGAGGAGUAACAUCUGGAUCAAAUCUCCAACUGGGCCAUGGAUCAGAGUCGAGUCAAGCCGAGCAAUCGAGCCCGAUGAGCUCGCUGUCAGCGAGCCGGUUCCGCGCUUUGCUCAUCAGUUCGUCUACGAUCCUCGCGAGGAUGCGCACUAUGUCUUUGGCGGUAACCCGGGCGAAGACAAGGCACCGCAGACCAGGCUCGCCGACUUUUGGCGUCUCAAGAUAGCAAGGCUCGAUAUCGGCGAAGUGACGCGCAAGCUCAAGUUUCUAAUUCGCAAGCAGAGAUUUAUCGAGAUGUGUGGCCAGUCACCUGCCAUGUCUGCGCUCGUCUAUCUCCAAACAUCCCUGUCGUCGGUGACAAAUCACUCUGACGAACGCGAGGCUGCUGCUUUUCGCGCCUGCAUGGCCAGCCUUCUUGCACGACCAACAGAGGGCGUUCCGACGGACGUUGAUCUUUCGAUGUCGGGUAAUCUUUACCCGGCUUAUCCGCUCUCGGUCAGCGCCAAGGCGUGGGAACAACGCACUCGUGUCUUUGAGCGCAUUACCGCGCUCGUCAAUCCCGCGGCUACAGAGCCUGCUUCUAAUCUGAUUGAUACCAUCUCUGUCGUCUAGUGCUGCUCUAUGCUUGUUGUUUAAAGACUUGCAAUGUCAACUUCAAGAUGUGCAUUCCAUCGAGUA